CAUCGGCGCCCGUUCCCGUCCUCCUGACACGCAUCCCGGCGCCAAUUUGCGUAGAUCGGCGUCUCAACGGGAUGAAAAUCGAUAAGCGCGUCCCGUCGUCAUCUCCCGGCUACGGGCAUGUAGAGUAUACGCCGCUAGUUUUUUCUCUAAUUUAUUAGAGAAAUAAUGCUUCACGUAGGCCUCGAUAGGGUUCCAGUGCUUCGCUAGAUCAGCCCCCGCCGCUCGUCGUAGUGCCCGCAUCUCCACAUCCCGUAGUAGAGGUUCAUCCAGGAUUUUCGUUUGUUUUGCUUUCCCAUAGCUUUUCCACCCAAAAACCAGCCGACCAAUAAAAAAUUACAAACCAACAUCAUGCUCAACCCAAACCGAAACAUCCUCUUUAAGGCCACCAUCUUAGCGUUGUGCGUCAUUUCAUUGGUACACGUAUUCUUUUUCCCUAUCUAUGAGAGUAGGGGAUUGGCCCCUAGAACCUACGGGGACCUCGAGCAGAGCCUGUGCACCAACAAUAUCAAGAGACGUAAAAUCUGGAGGUUGAGCCGGUGCCCCCAAGAUGGCAUUGUUACCAUAAUGCAAGGCGGUAGAUUAGGAAAUCAGAUGUGGGAAUAUGCCUCAGUAUGGGCAGUUGCAAGAAGAACGGGCCUGGAUCCGUAUAUGCCACGGUGCGUCAAGUUGAAACUGGACCAAAUCUUCGAACAACUCACUGUGCCGGCUUUCGAGGAAAUCGCACACUGCCCCAUAGAAUUUAACACCUUCGUUAAAAGUAUUGAGGAAUGGACUUUUACUAAUCAGAGUAUAAUUUUGCCGCGCUACACCCUGCAACCUGAGCUGGUAUUAACAUGGGUCCAAGAUAUAGUACAGGAGUUUAGGUUCAGAAAGAAGCUCAGGGAAAAGGCGCAACAGACGUUGUUGACGUUUGCAAGGAAACUACCUCCCAGGAAUUAUACUUUUAUCGGAGUACAUGUCAGACGGACGGAUUAUAUUGGAUAUUUGCAAAGAAAAUACAAUUCGACGCCGGUAAAACCCCAAUUUUUCCAAAACGCUAUGGCCUACUACAAACGAAAAUACCCCAACUGCCUCUACAUUUUCCUCAGUGACGAUCCCGGGUGGUGUUUUAAGGAAUUCGGGAAACGGCGUGACGUGUAUGUCGCCUCGUACAAAUCGAAAAAUACCCCGGCCGUAGAUAUGGCGAUAAUGGCGGCCUGUAAUCACACCAUUUUCGAUUAUGGUACUUUUGGUGAAUGGGGUUCGAUUUUGGCCGGGGGUGAAGUCGUCUACAACAAUAUGACGCAGAAUAUCAAAAAGGGAACGGGGAGAAUUUUGAAAAAUUGGGUUUUUAUGGACUGAUGUAUAUGGUACGACUGAAUUGGUUUAAGGGUCGUGAAAUGGGUAACCGAUUGUGAUGUUUAGUAAUUUAAGGUAAUAAGGGAGGGUGUAAAUAUAUAUUUAGGUAUGGCAACUGUAAGAAAAUCGAAAUUUAUUUAUUGAAGAGACUAAAAUUAUUUUUUUCGAAAUUACUUCUGAAGGCUGACGAGAAUUUCUCUUAGAAUAAAAGUUCAAAGGUUUAUUUUUCUAAUUUUAAUUUUCACAAUAUAUUUAUAGAUUUAAUAUUUAUAUUUAUAUACUGGAUAUGAUAAACGCUGUAAAAAACCCAUUUUUGACAUCUUGUUUCAAACACAUAACAGGAAAAAUAAUGGAACUUCCUAGGAAAUAUAGACACAUUGGCAACGUCGCAUUUGUAUUUUAUUCAUUGAAAAGUUCAGUGGUGCACCAUUGCAGCAUACAGAAAAUCGACGUAAAUUAUUUAAUAUCGUCAUACUUUAUGUAUUCAUUAUGAGUAUUGUAAUUCUCACACGUAACUCUACGCCUUUGGGAAUAAUUGACUCAAUAUCACAUAAGCGACGUUACCAAUGAAACGUUUUUGUAUUAGUUUUCGUGAAUUUGCUUCAAAAAAAGGGCCAGAUAAACACUUUUUAUUUUUUAGGGCUUGUAUAUAAUAUAUAAAACAAAUAUUGUAUUUACUGUAGAUUAAUUAAGUCGCGCACCAUAAAAAUUUAAGUAUAUAAACAAAAAAAAACAAUUUUUUUAUGUGCUAACUUUGCUUUAUUGUCUAUACAUAUAUUUCCUAAGCACGUACUACCUAAGAAGCGAUGUCAAAAUGUAUGUGCCAAUAACCCUCUAUUUUCUGUCCAUUUUAUGGUGAUUUAUUUUCUUGUGCCAAAUUGUGUCUAUAUUAUUAAUUUUUAAGUACAUAUUGUUCAAAAGGUAUAUCUCAAAAAAAGCACACUCCCUCUCACUAUUUAAUGUAAAAAAGUCUACAUAAAUUGUAUCUAUAUACGGCUAUAUAUACCUUAACACUGUAAAUAUUAAACUCUGUGAUAAAUUUACUAUAUACAAUCAUGGUAGAGGAACACACAAAUGUAGCAUUCGACCUUUUUGUUCGUAAUUACCUGGCCAAAGAAAACUUAUUUUUUAUUUAUUUAAGUCUAUAUAUGUAUAUCUAUUGAGGUGGCGGUAAUGUGUAGUUCUCAUGUAAUACUUAAAUAAAUAAAAUAAAUAUUUAAGUAAUAA